AUGGCAUCACUUCCUACCUCUGCCCAGUGUUCAGCCUCUGACAGUGCUUGCAGGAGCUCUCCAAGACAGAUCAAGCAGGUACGACCAAAACUGCCACUUCUGAAGAUUUUGCAGGCAGCAGGUGCCCAAGGUGAAAUCUUCACUGUUACCCAGGUCAUGCACUUUCUAGGCCAAUAUAUAACAAUGAAGCAGCUUUAUGAUCCUCGGGAGCAGCAUAUGGUAUAUUGUAGUGGAGAUCUUUUGGGAGAACUCCUAGGAUGUCAGAGCUUCUCUGUGAAAGAUCCCAGCCCUCUCUAUGCUAUGCUAAGAAAGAAUCUUGUCGCUUUAACCACUGCUACUGCAGAUGCUGCUCAGACUCUCGCUAUCGCACAGGAUCACAAUCUGGAUAUUCCAAGUCAAGACCACCUGAAGCAAAGCGCAGAGGAAAGUCCCGGUUCCAGGGAAAGUACCGAAGAAGGCAAUAUGCCCACACUGCCUACCUCACAGGAUCAGUGCACAUCUUCCAGAGAAGAUGAGACCUCUAGGCUGGACCUCGGGCUGGAGGAGUGGGAUGUAGCUGGCUUGCCAUGGUGGUUUUUAGGAAAUUUGGGAAACAGUUACACACCUAGAAGUAAUGGCUCAACUGAUUUACAGACAAAUCAGGAUAUAGGUACUGUCAUUGCUUCAGAUACGACAGAUGACGUGUGGUUUUUGAAUGAGUCAGUAUCAGAGCAGUUUGGUGCUGGAAUAAAAGUUGAAGCUGCUGAUAUUGAACAAACAAGUGAGGAAGUAGGAAAAGUGCCUGAAGUGGGAAAAAGUGAUGACCUUGAGGACUCUAAGUCCAUAUGUGAUGACACUGAUGUAGAGGUUGCCUCUGAGGAUGAGUGGCAGUGUACUGAGUGCAAGAAAUUUAACUCUCCAAGCAAGAGGUACUGUUUUCGGUGCUGGGCCCUGAGGAAAGAUUGGUAUUCAGAUUGUCCUAAGUUAACCCAUUCUCUCUCCACGUCUGAUAUCACUGCCAUACCAGAAGAGAAGGAAAAUGAAGGAAUUGAUAUCCCUGAUUGCCGCAGAACCAUAUCAGCUCCAGUUGUUAUACCUAAAGAUACAUGUAAAAAAGAAGAAAACCCCAAACUCUUUGAUCCCUGCAACUCUGUGGAGUUCUUGGAUUUGGUACACAGUUCUGAAAGUCAAGAGACUGUGUCAAGCAUGGGAGAACAAUCGGCUGACCUUUUCAAGCAGAGAGCAGAGACGGGCAGCACGGAGGAUUGCCGGAAUCUUCUGAAGCCAUGUAGUGUAUGUGAGAAAAGACCGCGCGACGGGAACAUUAUUCAUGGGAAGACGAGCCAUCUUGUCACUUGUUUUCAGUGUGCCAGGAGAUUAAAGAAGACCGGGGCUUCAUGCCCUGUGUGCAAGAAAGAGAUUCAUUUGGUUAUUAGGGUUUUUAUAGCAUAG